AUGCAAGAAUUAUUACAUAAAUAUUUACCCUUUUCCCAACAUGACAUCAUUAUAAAGAAAACUGACAUUACUAAAGAACUUAAAGAGAAUUGUGAUGAAAAUCAAUUAAUUUUACAAUUAGCCCGCUUAUAUGUAACAAGUCCUGAACGCAUUAUUCUUUUGCUAUCAACGAAAUCUAUUACUAAAACCUGUCAAGAUGUUUCCGAUGUUUUGCAGCAAAUAAAUCAGACUGUUUCGGAUUGUAUACCUUUGCCGCAGGAUAAUCUUUAUAUGAAACUUUUUAAUGGCCUUGAUUAUUUUAAUUCAUAUGUUUGCCUUUAUAAUCCCAAUACAAGAAGCAACCAUCUCACCAAUUACCAUGAGUGUUUAACAGAACUACGUGAGGAUUUAUACGAUUGUGAGGGUCCACCAGAUUGGUUUGAAAAAUCCAAUGAAGCUGUGGUUUGUCAGUAUUAUAAUGAAAUUAUUAAUUGUAACUAUAUCAAAGCAGCCAUGUUGUGUGGCCUAAAGCCAGCUCUAAUGUUACGUACAUUCUCCGAUGAAAUAAUGAAAAAGAUAGUAACGUUUGUUGUUUGUGUUUAG